AUGGAUUCUAAUAAUACUAUAACUACAAUUAAUGUAUCAUUAAUAUCGAAAUCGAUUGUUAAUGAUCUUAAUCUAGUGACACAAAGGUUUCUCAUCUAUCUUCCAUUGAUCUUUCUUAUCUUUGGUUUUAUUGGAUUCAUUGGAAAUAUGUUUACAUAUCUUCAAAGUGAACUUCGUUCUAAUACUUGUUGUAUUUAUUCACUUUGUGGUUCAAUUAUUGAUAUUAUAAAUCUUUCUCUCAAUCUAUUUCCAAAUUAUCUUGGUGCAAAAUAUAAAAUUUAUAUACCAUGGUAUACUUCACGUAUUACAUGUAAACUUAAUCUUUUUCUUCUUGCAUUUCUUCCUCAUUUAUCAGUUAAUUUUUUGCUUAUGGCUAUUAUUGAUCGAUUUGCUUGUACAUGUAAACUUACAUCACCAAUGUACCGACUCAAUCAACUUAAAAUGGUACCAUGGAUGAUCAUAAUUA